UGCCUCGGGCCCGCCCCCUUCCCGCCCCUUCCUGGCCUUCGGUCUGUCUGCUAGGGGCGCGCGCAGCGCGCGGCAGACGGCCGGCGGCGUCGGCGGCGGAGUGCGGGUCGCGUGGCAGAGCGUGGUUGCUAGGGACACCUGAGGUCGCCCGCUCGCCCAGCAGGCGCAGCGAGGAAGCAGCGCGGAGCCGGCGCCAAGCCGUGGUGAAGGAGGGUACCCUAGAAUACUGCAGCUGUGAGGCCCAGCAUUAUAAAGUGGCUAAUUGCUGAGCACUGAAUGUGAUGAACUGCUGACCAGGACUUUGCUUGGCAGGAGCUCCUGUGAGCUGGUAGCUGCUAAUGCAGCGUGGCUGGGAAGAGAAAGAGUACCCUGGAGACUCUUGGAAAACUUCGCACAAGUAAUACGUGUUUUUGUUUGAAAUGUUAAACAAUGCUGACGGAUUCAAGGAUGCAGCUGGUGCUAGAGGUGUGUGGCACCUUACCUGAGCCAGACCAUGAGGCCAUGUCACCAUGAUGUGGGCCCCUCAUGGCCUCAGCAGGAACAGAGCACUACAAUAUUGGCCUGCGCCGAGGAAACAGCUUCAAGCAGAGACAUCCCUCAGGCACAGUGUCUGCUUCACCACCUGAGAAACCCUCGGAGGUCAAAGUCUGGUCUCAGGCCCAUCAGCAGGUGAAGCCAAUCUGGAAACUGGAAAGGAAGCACGUAGGCACACUGUCAGCAGGGCUGGGCACCAGUCUCUUGGGAGUCCCGCCCCAGCCAGCCUAUUUCUUUUGCCCCAGCACUCUAUGUAGCUCUGGGACUACAGCUGUCAUUGCAGGCCACAGCAAUCCCUGUUACCUGCAAUCUCUCCCUGACUUGUUCAGCAAUACUCUGCUGUACCGCCGCACCAACGUGAGGCAAAAACCAUACCAGCAACUGGAAUCUUUCUGCUUGCGUUCCAGCCCAUCAGAGAAAAGACCUUUUUCUCUCCCUCAGAAGGGUCUCCCUAUCAGUGUCACUGCCAAUAAAGUCACAUCUUCUACAGUCUUCCCCAUGGCCCAGCCCAUGGCGUCUUCACCCACUGAUCCAUACCUCUCACUGGCAGCAGCUGGGGAAAAUCCUUCAAGGAAGAGCCUGUCUUCUGCCAUCUCAGGGAAGAUUGCAUCUCCACUGUCCUCCUACAAGCCCAUGCUGAACAACAACUCCUUCAUGAGGCCAAAUAGCACUAAAGUGCCCUUAUCACAAGCCACAGAUGGCCUGAAGCCAGUAUCCUCAUCCAAGAUCCAGCCUGUCUCCUGGCAUCAUUCAGGGGGUACUGGAGACUGUGUAUCCCAGCCUGGUGACCGUAAGGUACCCCAAAGCAUUGGCGCUGUCUUAGAUGAUGCCACUGCCCCUAACACCCCGUCUAUCCCUAGCACCUUCAAUAUAUCCACAGCCAGUGUUACCUCUUCCCAGUGCAGUCAGAGUAACUUUAGGAUGGAGGCACAUCCCUGUGGCCUGGAUGAAAACCCGGAUUCCCAGAGCGCUACUAAAGAGGUACACUUCACUGAGGCUGUGAGGAAGUUGACUGCAAAAGGCUUUGAGAAGAUGCCACGGCAAGGCUACCAGUUUGAGCAGGCUUGUUUUGUGAAUCCCAGCUUCCAGUGGGGUCUUCUCAACAGAAGCAGGCGGUGGAAACCUCUGAUGGGCCAGCGGUUUCCUCAGGAGGAUAUUGGAUUAGACAGUGGGAUCCUUCCUGGUGCCUCAGACACUUUGGGGUUGGACAGUACAGUCUUUUGUACCAAAAGGAUCAGCAUUCACCUCCUUGCCUCACAUGUCCAUGGGCUCAACCCCAGCCCUACCUGUGGGUCUAUAGUUGACCCCCAAUUACUUGGAGAAGACAGAGCUCCUGUUCCCCCUUCUUCCCUCCAGCCUCUUGGUGUAGCUGAAGUGGCCACCCGCCUUUCUUCUGUCCAUCUUGGCCAGCCUGGGAAGGAGCCUGAGGAAGCCAAGGAGCUGAGCUCAAGUGCUAGGGGUAGUUGUUCAGCUACUGACCUCCAGCCAAACCAGGUGGAGCCUGAAGAUACAGAAGAUGAACUAGGAGAUGGUUUGGAAGAUUGCUGCAGCCAUGAUGAAAAUGACGAAGAGGAAGGAGACUCAGAGUGCUCUUCCUUAAGUGUUAUCUCCCCCAGCGAGUCAGUGGCAAUAAUAUCUCGGAACUGCGUGGAUUUAAUGUCCAAAUCCCUUCCCAAUCAUGAGAAAGUUGUACGACCAGCCCUCAUCUAUAGUCUCUUCCCCAAUGUGUCCCCUACCAUUUAUUUUGGAACUCGGGAUGAAAGAGUGGAGAAGCUUCCCUGGGAACAGAGGAAGCUUCUGCGGUGGAAGAUGAGCACAGUGACCCCCAACAUAGUCAAGCAGACCAUUGGACGGUCGCACUUCAAAAUCAGCAAGAGGAAUGAUGACUGGCUGGGCUGCUGGGGUCACCACAUGAAGUCUCCUGGUUUUCGAUCCAUUCGAGAGCAUCAGAAGCUAAACCACUUCCCAGGCUCCUUCCAGAUUGGGAGGAAGGACCGGCUGUGGCGGAACCUGUCUCGCAUGCAGAGCCGUUUUGGCAAGAAGGAGUUCAGUUUCUUCCCCCAGUCCUUCAUCCUGCCCCAGGAUGCCAAGCUCCUGCGCAAAGCCUGGGAGAGCAGCAGCCGCCAGAAGUGGAUUGUGAAGCCACCAGCAUCUGCUCGAGGCAUUGGCAUUCAGGUCAUUCACAAAUGGAGUCAGCUCCCCAAGCGCAGGCCCCUCCUGGUACAGAGGUAUCUACACAAACCCUACCUCAUUAGUGGCAGCAAAUUUGAUCUUCGGAUCUACGUUUACGUUACUUCUUAUGAUCCUCUACGGAUUUACCUCUUUUCGGAUGGACUCGUCCGCUUUGCCAGUUGCAAGUAUUCACCUUCCAUGAAGAGUCUUAGCAACAAGUUCAUGCACCUGACCAACUACAGUGUCAAUAAAAAGAAUGCCGAGUACCAGGCCAACGCUGAUGAGACAGCCUGCCAGGGCCACAAAUGGGCACUGAAGGCUUUGUGGAAUUACCUGAGCCAGAAGGGAAUUAAUAGUGAUAUCAUCUGGGAGAAGAUAAAGGAUGUUGUUGUCAAAACCAUCAUCUCGUCAGAGCCCUACGUGACCAACUUACUGAAGUUGUAUGUGCGGCGCCCCUACAGCUGUCAUGAACUCUUUGGUUUUGACAUCAUGCUGGAUGAGAACCUAAAGCCCUGGGUCCUAGAAGUCAACAUUUCCCCAAGCCUCCACUCCAAUUCUCCCCUGGACAUCAGCAUCAAAGGCCAGAUGAUCCGAGAUCUCCUGAACCUGGCAGGCUUCGUUCUGCCCACCAUGGAGGAUAUCCUCUCCAGUUCCAGCAGCCCCAGCAGCUCCAGUGGCUCCAGCACCAGCCUGCCAAGCUCUCCUGGGGACAAAUGUCAAAUGUCUCCAGAGCAUUUUACUGCACAGAAGAUGAAGAAAGCCUAUUACCUGACCCCGAAAAUUCCUGACCAGGACUUCUAUGCAUCUGUGCUGGAUGUCUUGACACCAGAUGAUGUUCGGGUUCUGGUCGAGAUGGAAGAUGAGUUUUCUCGUCGUGGUCAAUUUGAAAGAAUUUUUCCUUCUCGAAUCUCUUCUCGUUAUCUUCGUUUUUUUGAGCAGCCACGAUAUUUCAACAUUCUCACCACCCAGUGGGAACAGAAGUACCAUGGAAACAAGCUCAAAGGAGUAGAUCUGCUCCGGAAUUGGUGCUACAAAGGCUUCCAUACGGGGAUCGUCUCCGACUCAGCUCCACUGUGGUCUCUGCCAACAUCACUCAUGACUAGCGCAAAGAGUGAUGGGACACCCAGUGCCAUCAGCAAAUCAGAACGCAUCAAGUCAAGAAAGCAAAGCUGCUCCGAGGGAAGCGUGUUGUCCUGUGAAGAUGGGACACCAGCCAAGCCCAAGAAGAGUCAAGCUGGCCUUUCCCCCAUAUCCAGGAAGACUUCAUCCUCCAAGAACAAGGAGGACACCAGCAAAGAGGCCGACCACUCUACCCAGGUGUUACCUGUCCUCAAGUACUCUGGGCAGAAUUCCAGAGUUUCUGCUUCCUCUGCUUCCCAGUCAGCCGGUGACUCCCUCCUGACUGCUGUGAGCCCAUGACCAGUCUCCUGCGUGGGAGCACUCAGCUACCUCAAGGGAACCAACCUGCUGACCAGCCUGAGCCUCCACCGCCCUCCACUUUGCCCCUCCUCAGAGUAUUUUUUGAAGUGGUUCUAUUGUAGAUAUGGGCAUCUGGAGGGCUGGAGGGGUGGGGGUGACGGGAGAAGGUGAGGAAGGUUCACCCUCUGUCACCUCACUGCCUGGCUGGUGCCUCAUAUCUCAGUAGAGAAGCCAGUGACGGCCAAGCAGCCUUAUAAAGCAGGGUUUGGUUUCUACUCUGAGAGCCAUGUGUGAUUUCUUUGAGGCCCUGAUACAGGGCUGGAGUUGUUGCUCAAGAGGAGAAAGCGUGCUAAACACACAGAAGUCUCUUGUUCUGUAACUGAGAGGGAUUCCUUGAAAGGCCUGGUUUCCUUAGGUCUUUUGUCCCCUACACAUCCUGGUUUUGAAGAGCCAUUUCUAGAAACCUUCAGUCUUCUUCAAAGACAAACAGGGGAAACCGUGGCAGGCUGCACUCAUUUCCUGGCAUCCUGGUCUUGGGGUGACCUCCAUAACAUAUCUCCAGUUAAGGUUCCACCCAGUCAGUAGCCCUCCGUCUUCUGUGACUCUCCAGAUCCCAGAUAAUUUUGGUCAGGUUAUGUAGAGGAGGGUGGAACAAGCUGUGUUUCUCGACACAGGAAGUCUUGUAGUCUGUUUUGAUUUGAGCAGGGUUUGGUGCCUUGGCAGAGGGGUUUUAGUGCAGUCAUUCUUGCAGGACAGGCUUCUCAUCCCUGACAGUUAAUACUCAGCUAUAGCUACCUCCCUUCUGGACUAGUAAACACUGAGCACUGAAUAAACACUGACUGACUGAA